AUGUUACAAGUAAAGUUGGUGGAUGGCCUAUGGAAAGUGGAGAAGUUCAAUGAUACACACAAUCAUCCAUUGAUUAACACUCCAACAAAGGUGAAGAAGUUUCUUUCUCAGAAUGAAUUUAGACGCUCGGAUUUGACAAAAUCUGUUGUUUCUAAGCUUUAUCAAGAGGGUUUAACAUCUUCGAAAAUCUCAAAGGUUGUGAGUGCUAUGGACAAAGAGGUUAACCUUACUCCUGUUCAAAUAAACAAUAUUAUAUCUAGCCAGCGAAGGAAUAAUGUGGGGCGAGAAUGUCAGGGCAUCAUCAAACACUUUCAGAAAAAGUCCAUGGUUGAUGGAGCUUUUUAUUUUGAUAUGCAUUUGGCAGAAGAUGGAACGCUAAGAAGCAUAUUCUGGGCAGAUGGUAGGUCAAGAGCUGCAUAUGCUUAUUUUGGUGAAGUCCUUGUAUUUGACGUGACUUACAAAACAAACAAGUUCAAAUUUCCUUUUGCCCCUUUUGUGGGGGUUAAUCACCAUGGGCAAACAACUUUAUUUGCUGCCGCUUUGUUAGAAGAUGAAACGGAGGCAACAUUUACAUGGUUGUUUGAACAAUUUCGAAUUUGUAUGUUUGACAAGUCUCCUGUUGCUAUUAUCACUGAUCAAGACAAAGCUAUGGGAAAAGCAAUUGCCAAGAUAUUUCCAGGAGCACGACAUCGUUUUUGCGCAUGGCAUAUAAAGAAACAUGUUAUGGAGCACAGUCAAGCACUACGAGCACAAUUUAAAGAUAGUUUUGAUGUUGACUUUCGUGCGUGGUAUAAAAGCCGAAACAUUGAUGAGUUUGAGUGCAAAUGGGAAAUAUUGAGGACUAAAUAUGUUAUUAAAGCAAAUAGCUGGCUGGCUAACAUGUAUGCUUCACGUCAUCAUUGGGCAAAGGCAUACUUGAAAGAUACAUUUUUUGCCGGAAUGACCACAAGUGGCCGAAGUGAGAGCAUCAAUGCAUUUUUUGAUGGAUAUGUCAACUCUAACACAAUGUUAAAUGACUUUGUUAUCCAAUAUGACAAAGCAAUCAAAUCUAGGAGGGAUGCAGAGGAAGAUGAGGAUUUCAAAACUAGAAAUACAAAAGCAGUUUUGGAGACUAAUCAUCCUAUUGAAGCAAUAGCUGGAGAAUGGUACACAAGAAAAUUAUUUGAAAUCUUCAAAAAAGAGUGGAAGGCUGUCAUGCAUAAUUGUUUUCAUGAAAAGAUUGCAAUGAACGAAAACUUUAUCACAUAUCGGGUGGGAUCUCCAGAAGUUGAUAAGGAAUGGUGGGCAAUUAUGGACCAUGAAUGCAAGUAUAAGGCUGAAAAUCUUGUAUCCAUUCAUGAUGAAACAAAUACUAAUGAAAUUAGUGCAUUAUCUUUGUGGUCGAUUCAGUUGAAGUGCACUAUGGCUAUUUCUGAAGCAAGAGAUUCUAUUUUUGAGAUUAGAAGGUUUGAUGCUAUGGUUGCUGAAUUUCUACAACAACAUUUGGAAAGAAAAAGAAAGAGAGGUGAAGAUGAACUAAAUGCCCAAACAAUUCCACAAGCUUUACUCAUUGAUGAUGUGCGUGAUCCCACUCAACCAGUCAAAACUAAGGGUCGUCCAAGGAUUGCUUCACGAAUAAAAUCAAGCAUGGAGUUGUCAGCAAAACAACAAAAAACUUGUAGUUAUUGUCAAGGAAGGGUCAUAAUAAAUCAGGUUGUCAGAUGCAAAAGGUGCCCCAUCAUACAUUUGUUUAGCCCAAAAAAGGCAUUAAAUAAUUACAUUGCUGUUCUAGCAGCAUUAACAUCAGUAACAAAAGCUCUGUCACUUCCUACACUACCAUCUGAUGGUGUGAGAGCAUUUACAGGUUCCUCGACUUCAUCCACUUCCCACACCUUGACCAAUUAA